UAUUAAUAUACAUAUCCAUAACCUCUCUCUUUCUCUCUUAACUCUCUCUCUAUCUAUAGAGUAGAUUGAAAUUAGUGAUGAAAGGGGUGGUAGUGAGAAGGGCAUUAUGGGAAUCCAGACGUUUCCGUGGCCGUGGGUAUUCCGGUGCAUGCGCCGCCGCCGAUGUAAACGAACUUCCAAAAAUGCCCCCCUUCGACUAUACUCCGCCGCCGUACUCGGGCCCCACCGCCGCCGAGAUUUUGGCUAAGCGGAAAGAAUUCCUCAGCCCUUCCAUCUUCCACUUCUAUGGUAAACCUGUGAACAUAGUCCAUGGGAAGCUACAAUACUUGUUCGAUGAGAAGGGACGGCGAUAUCUGGACGGCUUCGGCGGCAUAGCCACCGUGUGCUGCGGCCACUGCCACCCCGACGUGGUGAAGGCCAUCGUCAAUCAAACCAACAAUCUGCAACAUUCCACCAUUCUGUAUUUGAAUCAUGCCAUCACUGAUUUUGCCGAGGCUUUAGCAUCCAAGAUGCCUGGUGAUCUCAAGGUAGUGUUCUUCACCAAUUCUGGGACAGAGGCCAAUGAACUUGCUAUCAUGAUGGCUAGAUUGUAUACUGCUAACCAUGACAUUGUGUCACUUAGAAAUGCCUAUCACGGCAAUGCAGCCGGGACUAUGGGGGCCACCGCCCAGUCUAACUGGAAGUUCAACGUUGUUCAGACUGGGAUGCAUCAUGCCCUCAAUCCGGAUCCCUAUCGAGGCGUGUUUGGAUCGGAUGGUCUGAAAUACGCCAAGGAUGUUGAAGAUCUCAUCAAAUUUGGUACAUCUGGCCAUGUUGCUGGUUUCAUGUCUGAGGCCAUACAGGGUGUUGGUGGGAUUGUUGAGCUAGCUCCCAACUACUUACCUAGUGUGUACGAAAGCAUCAGGAAGGCGGGAGGCCUCUGCAUCGCAGAUGAGGUGCAGUCGGGCUUUGCUCGUACUGGCACCCACUUUUGGGGGUUCGAGACACAAGGCGUUGUGCCAGACAUAGUCACCAUGGCUAAGGGGAUUGGGAACGGAAUCCCUCUCGGUGCAGUGGUGACAACUCCCAAAGUGGCAGAGGUCUUGACUCGGAGGAGCUACUUCAACACUUUUGGGGGGAACCCCGUGUGCACCGCAGCAGGGCUAGCUGUGCUCAAGGUGAUUGAGAGGGAGAAUCUGCAGGAGAAUGCUCGUGUCGUGGGCUCUUAUCUCAAGGACCGCUUCAACGCCCUCAAAGACAAGCACGAGAUUAUUGGUGAUGUGAGGGGAAGAGGACUAAUGCUUGGGGUCGAACUGGUGACGGAUAGAACCCUCAAAACUCCAGCAAAGAACGAAAUAGCCCGAGUCAUGGAGCUCAUGAAAGAUAUGGGUGUUUUGGUGGGAAAGGGAGGAUUCUAUGGGAAUGUUUUUAGAGUAACACCUCCACUUUGCUUCAACAAGGAAGAUGCUGAUUUCAUGGUGGACGCCAUGGACUAUGCAAUGUCGAAGAUCUGAUUGACUAUGAUGUAUAUAGCAAUAUUGUAACUUUGAUAUUCAAAUAGUGGACUUAUAUAUAUUGUGAUCUUAUAGUCAAUAAUAACAAACAAAUUUGAAUGCAA